AUCAUUCUUGCUCUGUGCUUAGUGACAUUCAUGGCCUUACGUACAGUGCAGGCCAUGAUCUUCCACUAGGCCCUAGAUGCUGCGAUGUCAGGUGAGCGCAUGCGGCCGAUCUUUCCUCAAAAACGUGUGCAGAAGGAACUGGAAAGCCUGAACGCACGUGCUGGCGAGGAUGGAAUCUGCGUUCAUGAUUAUCCAGAUGCUGAGAGCUGCAGAAUCCAAGUACUGGGAGCCCCUGGGACGCUUUAUGCUGGUGAGAACUUCAUGCUUCGAUUUCGCUUUCCAGCGCGCUAUCCCUUUGAGAGUCCAGAGGUCGUCUUCGAGGGUGGCUCCCCAAUGCAUCCUCAUAUCUAUUCGAACGGGCACAUUUGCUUGUCGAUACUCUACGACGCAUGGAGUCCGGCAUUGACUGUCCACGCCGUUUGCAUGAGCAUCCUAUCAAUGCUCAGCAGUGCACAAGAGAAAGUGCGUCCCAAGGAUGACGCGUCUUAUGUUGCGAGGGUUGGACACAGAUCACCAAAGCUGUCGAAAUGGCAUUUCGACGAUGACAGAGUGUGAGGACACGCAGGACCACUGUCAGAGACGUUUACUGAAGGCCUUCGGCGUUCUCUUGAAUAUCUUGAAUGCUGGAAAUGCCCAAAGAGUGCAAGGCUCCAAGUUUCACUGCAUUUAGCAAACGCUCGCGGUCUCUUGGCAUCUUCAGCCAAGUUGCACCAGCCUGGAAGAUUUGUGCAAAAGCCACAAAAGGGUGCAAUCUUUAAAA